AAGCCAUUGUUACCAUACCAGGAAUACACUAUUGGACAAGUUGUCAGGUGGGUGGAGUAUACUUUAUUCUUGAAUUCUAUGAAAAUAGUAAAUGGAAAAGGUGUUCUUUCAAAUAGGGGAUUGCAUGCUGCUAGGUCUCAUAUUUAACACAUUGUUAUUUAACUGAAUGGUAUUUGAUUAGAUAUUAACUAGAUUCAGAAACUCACCAAAACAAUACUUUUUUUUUUUAAUUAAGUUUUUUUUAAAAUUUAAGCUUAAUAAGUUUUAAACUAUUUCAUCUUUUGGCUUGAUCAGUCUUGCUGGUUUUUGAUUGUGCACAUUUAUAAAUGAAAUGUAAACAGUUAAAUAGUUUUCCUUCUUACCCUGAGGCAUUCUGAGUGGGGCAUAUGCAAUUCACAAAUUCCCUCUAUUUCCAUCUGUUUUGAGCCACCCCUUCCACAUAAUUUUAAUUCUUCCCGGACUUAUUUCUUCUUCUUCUUCUUAUAUUUGAGGGGCCUACGAUCAAUUUGUUGAUCAUUCUGGCUCCUGGUUUAAAUUCAGAGUUUGCCUUCUCUUAGAUGGGUUGCCGUCCAAGGCUAGCGAGUCCCAUCCACCCGGGGUGCUUGGGAUGGCUUUGGUGGGGAUUGAACUCCGGACCACCGGCUUUUUGGUUUGAGACAGUUUAGACCGCUCGGCCACCCAGCACCCUGGGUGCUAUAUAUAUUUAUAUAGAUCUCUGUUGCCACGUUAAUGCCCCAGAGUCUGCCACUUUGUUAAAUAAUGCUAAUCAAUAAUUUUUGUUGUUGUCAGGCUGGAAGCUGAGAUCGUAGGCGAACCCCAACCCCGGGUCACCUGGUACAAAGACGGCAUUGAGAUCCAAGUCAAUGAACGCAUUAAGACCAUUCACGAUGAGCACAAAGCUGUCCUUAUCAUCAUUGACGUGUCACGUCAGGAUGAGGGAGAGUAUGUGCUCAAGGUUGAGAAUGAACUGGGAGAGAUCACAUGCAGGACAACUCUUAUUGUCAGAGGUAAUAUGUUUGGUCAUGUCUCCUCUGUAUGUCCAACAGGCUCAUUCAAUACAGUCAUGAAAUCUCUAUUUGAUAACUAUAUUUAUUUUAAUAGCUUCUACCUAACCUUUAUGUUUUAAAUGUUGAGGAAAUCUUUGUUGAAAAUUUUGUAUGUUAAAUGAUGAACCAAAAAAAUGUUUGUAGCCUUUUUAUUUUUAGUAAAGAAAGAAAAGAAUUGUGCUAAAAUCCAGAAACCUAUUGCUCUUGAAAUAAUAUCCAAUGUGAUAAAAAGAGGUAGAAAACAAAAAUAUUUCUAAAGAUGCAACUAAUUAAUAGGCAUCAACAUGGUAAUCCUGAUCAUUCAAAGUUAGAUCUCCUUAAUCUGUGCAAAAUUUGAUUAAAAUUGAUGUUUUCCCCACAUUUGCACUAUAAUUUUACAUCUUUUGAGCUCUGUCAUUCAUUCUUUUUACAAAGGCCGUGAGAAAGAAAUUGAAAUUCCAGGCAUGGACAUUGACCAAGUUAUGACCAUUACCAAAACAUUGACCACCAUACAACGGGAAGAACAUGUUGUACUCCAACAAGUCAAGCCUGUGUUUGUGGCACCUUUAGAGCCAGAGAUUUAUGUGAGAGAAAGAGGAAUUGCCAGGUAAACUCACUAUACUAGCUGAAAAUGGAAAAAAAAUUAAAACAGAUUUACAAAGACAUUUGUAAAAUCAACUUCUUUUAAAUGUAAUGUCUUGCUCUAACUAGGUGUUCCAAAGAUUUUUAGAUUUAAGGAGCCCAAGAAAAAAACCUGAUCCUAAAUACCGGCCUUUGUUUUACAGUUAAGAAUCAGAUGCGAAAAAAGUCUAAAAUUUCCUGAUGGAGCCUAACAAACUACGUGCAGCCUAAUGCUGUGGGACCACUGUUUGAAAACUCUGUUUUAACAAUCGAAGAUUUCUUUCAGUAUAUGUCCAGAAUACACUGUUGAUCCCCAAUAAAUUGGCUUUGUCCUUAUUAAAUCCUUUGAUUACCACCAGACUGGAGUGCCAGAUUGACUCGCACCCACCGCCUCUCGUCACCUGGUUUGUCAAUGGUAUGGAAGUGAAGCCAUCGCCUCAUUAUGAAAUUCGUUAUGAAGAUGGCAGGAGUAUCCUCCUUAUCAUUGAAGUUGGACCACUGGACACUGGAGAGUACACAUGUAAAGCUGUCUCUGAGCUUGGGGAGGCCAUUAGUUCUACCACUCUAUAUGUACAAGGUGAGUCUUCACAAUUUUAGAUAAGAGUUUUUGUUCCUGAAAUACAAAUAUACACAUCUUUAACUACAAUAAUAAUGUGGGGCUUUUGAUUGUAUGAAAUUAUUUUAUAAAAAAACAAGUGGUAUUUAUUCAUAGGAAUAUCAUCUUUUGAAAGUCUGCAUAACACAGUUCAAGGGAUUUUCUAUCAUCUGAUCCAAAUCACCUUAUUACAAGGAAAGCUAUUAACUUGACAAUGACCAUUGCAAAGAUAAAAGCUAAAAAUAGUGAUUUCUGACUUAAGAUAAAAUAAAGACCUAAUCUUAAAUGCAUCCCUUUUAAAACGUUUAGCUAACAUCAAGGUAGAGAGAGCUCACAACAUAUUAAGGUUGUUAAUCAUUUGUAAAACACUAGGCGAGGGUAAAUAGAUCAGGACAGUCUUACUGAAAUACAACAAACGGGGAGAUAUCAUGUAAAAAAACAAACGUUCUUUUUCUUUUCUCCACAGAGCCUGCUCAAGCUGAUAUCUUAAGGCCAGAAGACACGUCUUCCAUCUUGCCUUCUCCAUCACAAAUCCUCUCCCCGCCUGUGUUCCUUGACACCAUGAAAAACACAGAAGCUGUGGAUGGUCAAGAGCUUCAGCUGACCUGUCGUGUCAGUGGAACACCCAUGCCAACAGUUUCUUUCUUCCAUGACAGCAAGAACAUUGAUGACGAUGAGGAGUUUGUCAUCUCAUACAACCCUGAAACAGGAGAGGUACGUUCUGUCUUCCAGAAGCCUUGAAAACAAAUUGUUUCUAUUAACCUUGUAACUGUAGAACUUCAUUCAAUUACGAAAUUGGUCUUCAUAAUUACUGUGACGUGACAUACGUUGUCUAGGGGUCGGUCCCCUCUGUACUAGCCACAGAACAAUUUUACAAGGGUCUAGAACCCCUUUAUUUCCAGCUCCUACAGAGCUGACUCUUGCUCCAAGUAUCAACAAACAAUUCAGGGUUUCAGGUUUUCUUAUUUAUUGGCUAUGUGUGCCUAUAUGCCACUACACAAAACAGUUAAAGUUACACAAGUCCUCUUCCAUCCGUAGAAAAACUCACUGCCUUUUCACAAGACAAAAUCAUACACCAUAUCCACAGCACUCGGCACUGUUCACUCCUUAAAAACUCAACUCACACAUGUGGUUUUCCCCGACACAGCACACCGGUCAUACCUUGACCGAGAAAAAUAAAAACUCGUGGGGCACACGGGGAAAAUAAACUCACCCACGAUUGGUCAAAUUAACAUAUUAGAAGUUGACACAGAAAAAUUCAUGCGAUCUGACCGUGACAAUUACGAUUGAAAAAGACACAUUUUGAGCAGCCGUGUCUCUUUGAGACUAAUCUAAUAAAAAGAAUCUGAAAUAAACUUGAUCAAAUAAGUCUUGUCUAUGUUACAAGUAAUGUUAGAAAUGUAUCUCUUAGUUUAUUUAUUUGUACUGUCAUAUAUUUUAAAACUAUUUCUAUGCAGGUGAGCUUGAUCAUUGUGGAGGUGUUCCCUGAAGACCAGGGUCAGUACAUUUGUGUGGCCAAGAACCCUGCUGGUCAAGCCACCACCUCAGCUUAUCUUACAGUCCAGGAGGCUAAGGAGACAAGCUUGGAACUAGACAUGGAGCAACCUCAGGUAAUUUUCUUCGAAUUGGCAAUGUUUAUUAACAAAAAUGUAUAUAAACCUCUUAGAGAAAAGACCAAGACAUUCAAUUGUUUGAAAAUGUAUUUAAACCUCUUAAAAAGACAUUCCCAUGUUUGAAAAAUGUUGAAGAAAGAGUAACCAAUAUGUAAUACAUGGUUGUUCCCAACUACAAGAGAGGGUGUGCUCACCUUCAAUAAUUUACUUCAGGAUGAAGUGUUUCUUGUGGACACUUCUGCCCCACAGCAGAUUGAGUUUACCAUCAAGCCUCAGGAAGAUGGGACAAUGGAGGUUGAGCACCCUGAGGUCCAGGAAGAUUCUGUCAUUCCUGAUAUCAUAGAAAGACCAAAGGUAGCAAGAUAACCUAAUCACUAUCAUUAAAAUUUAGUCUGAACAUUUUAUUUUUAAAAAAUGUAUUUUUUAAAAAUUUGUGUCAAACUUUUAAAGACUUAUUGGGAAUGAAAUAAAAAUUGAGAUUUCAGAUUAUUGCAUCACAGUUUAAAUUUUUAAGGCAAUAGGUCAGCCUGUUAAACGGAAAUAUAAAUGAAAAUUUUCAAAGACCACACAAUGCAAUAAGAUAUCACCUAAUGAAACUCUUUAGUAAAUAAUAAUUUUGAGGUUUAUUUAAGUACAGUAAAAAUUAUGUUGCUUUUUUUCUCCACAUAGGUUGAACCAAUAGAUAAGGAAGAACCCAUGCAGGAAUCUCCCAUAUUUUCUCCCAUCCCAGACUCGGUCACGUCAGUGGCCGGGUCAUCAGACGCAUACUACACAGCACAGGAGGACGUUGAUGAGGAAAUCACUGAGGCCGCCAUCCAGCCCAAGACCAUUGAACGAGCCAAGCUGGUGGCCAUUGAGCCAGAGGAGUUAAUUUUUGAAUCUCCAGAGCGUGAGAUAUUGGUUCAGGACAUGGAGGAGGAGGAACGGGCUACACCGACUCCUCAGGAAGAGGUCAGUUGAAAGCAGACUGAAGAGCUUAGUUUAAACGUUGCAAUAAUUUCAGGGUGCCUCGCUUUUUGAGAUCUAUUAACUGUUGUUUACUGAGAUAACUGUCUUUGUAUUACUGAUAUCAAAAGAAUCUAGAGGCUAGUUUUUAAGUGCUGUAGAUUCAUAUAUAAUUGGUGUACUACAUAAUUCAUUAUUGCACAUAAACAAAAUGUUAGAAUAGAUUUUAUAUUUAAUACUAUUCUCACAGUAGGCAGUGGUUCUCAAUCCAUGCUCUGUGGAACACUGGUGCUCCUCAUAACCACUUCAGGUGUUCUGCGAAAAAAAUAAAUACACAAUUAAAAUUUGUUGAAAAAGAAAAAUCAACUCAGUUGGAAAUCAUUUUUGGAUGGGAUUGUAAUCUGCAAACGCGAAUGGCAAUUACAUUAAUUUGUCCAUUCACUGAUUGGUGUGCCUGUGCAGUUCACAUAUGGAUAAUGAGCAGUCUGAUUUGCAUUAAUUAUAUCAAUUCAAUUUUACGUGGAUAUGACAUCGGGCUGACUUGCUCAAUAUUAGUGUUACAAGACGCCGCCAAAGUUUAAAGUUGCGUGGAUAACAAACUGGUCUGUUGUGCUAAAAAAAUACAAUGUUCUUGCUUACUUAAAUACUGUCAAUAUUAGUAUGUAAAGAAACAAUGAAAAUAUUCUUACGUCGCCUGCCUAAUUAUUAUUUGCAAUGAAAAAAAUUAAAACUUUCACUAUGGCAGAGACAAGAAAGAGAAACAAACAUCGAAAUGUGCAGGAUACAAACAAGGCAAUCAUUUCUUUAAGAAUAAAAUAUUUAACAAUAUAAGAACAUUUUGAAACAAAAUUUCCAUGGUUAAACACUGAACAAUUUGAUUCGAUAAGAAAUCUGUUUGUUUCUUCUGAAUUUUUUAAAAAGUAAAAUAAUUUAAGUAAUUUUUAAAUAAAUAUGUUUGCAUCAAUCAAUAUCGGUAUAUUGGUCUUUUAUGAUAGUAACACUUUUAAACGGGUGGCUAACACUAAACACUAUUUUUUUGGGCUGAAAAUUUUUACAAUAAAACAUAAGCUUUAAGCAGGGGCAGCCAACCUUUUUGGAAUCAAGCGUGCCAUAUGUUUAUGAAAAUAACAAUACUGUAUCGUUAGUGUUCAGCGCAAAAAAUAAAAUAAAUCAGAGUUUAGUGUUCCCCGACUUCCAAAAGCUUGAGAACAACUUCCUUCAAAUAUUAAAAUAGACCACUCGGCUUAGCCUUCAAUGUUAACAACUUUCUCACUUGCCAGGUUGUUGAAGAAACUGUAGAAAAAGUGACUCAGGUGAAAGAGAUUGAGAUCCCAGUGCCCAAGGAGCAAGAAACAUUUGAGGUUGUCCUCCAGGAGGACACUACCACUGAGGAAAUUACCACCACAACUGAAGAAUUCACAUUUGUUGUCCAGGAAACUCCAGUGGAACAAAUUCAGGAAGUCAAACCCGAGGAUCCAGUUGAGGUAGAUGGUUUUUUUCACACAUUCCUUAUUUUCUCACAGAUCAUCUCAGUGUGAAACUGAGAAGGGGAGUAAAAAAUUGGUUUAAAUUAUAAUGGUUUUAAAAUAAAAUAAUUCAAAGAUCUGAAAAACUCUUGAAAUAUUUGAUCUUUAAACAGAUGAAGUAUGUUAUAUGUGUGGUCUUACCUUCUUCUACACAAAUUUGAAUUGCAUAGCUACAAUGGAAAUAAAGUUCCUUUCUUUUUUUUUUUUAUUAUUACUGGGAGUUGAUCCCUUGCACCUAAUUCUUUUUGAAAUAAUCCUAUUUUAUUGACUUAUUUGGGCUUGAUUUAAAAAUCUUUUUUAAGCUUAAUGUAAUUUUUAGAAUAAGAGACAAUUUAAGCUUGACCGCUUACAUCUCAAUGACCAACCUGUGGUUAAAGUCCACUAGUUUUAUCUGGAAUUAAAAACAUUUUGUCAUCAGCAAGUUUGCACACUAAAUGUUUCUUCCUCUUCUUGCAGGCAUUCAAAAUUGAUGUGGAUGUGACAGACACAGGCAUUCCUACACCCCCUGAUGCUGGUCCAAUGGAAGAAUCCACUGUAGAGGCUGUCUUUGGUACCAUUACCGAAGUGCAGGACCUAGAGCAACCACCACAGCAGAUGAUACCUGAGCAGGCACCAGAUGAAAUUUCCCCCGAAUUUGUGGAGAUGCUACAACCUCAGGUAAAAUCAGAGGCGUCAUGUAAUGUCUCAAUAGUUUACAUGCUGUUAUGUAAACUAUGUAGCAUUAAUUGUUAUUUGUUAACCUUGUGAUAUCAGUGUCUAUUAUAAUUUCAUGAUAAUGUGAAGGAGGACACGUAUACUUUUCUCACUGUUUGCUUUCUUUUUCCUCACAAUAGAGUGUCAGUUUUAUUGCUCCAAAAUCAUGAAUUCACAAUAACUACUUAUUACUGUGAUAGGCAUUUAUUUUUCCUAUAAAUCCGUCAGGUGGUCCAUGAUGGUGACAGUUUAGUUAUGACCUGUCGACUGAUAGGCUCCCCAACUCCUGUGGUCACAUGGUACAAAAACACCACUGAAAUCACCCCUGGGCCAGACAUUCGAUUGUAUUUUGAGCCUGAUACUGGCGUCUGCACCAUUGAGGUCGCAGAAGUCUUUCCAGAUGAUGCUGGAGAAAUUACAUGUCGUGCCCGCAAUCAGUUUGGUGAAGCUAUGACAUCAGCUACUCUUGUCAUUCAAGGUUAGUUAGUCGGAAUAUUGUUGUUUUUUUGUUUUUUUUCCACAUUAAAUCUCUUUUAUGGAUAACUCUCUUAUCGUUGAAAACAGCUUUUAGAAAUUUAAGCAAUUUACAUUUAGUAGUGCAUUAUAUUCUCUUAUUGUCUACAGAAACAGAAGAAUCAGAAAUCACCACAUCAGAAGAGACCAGCACCACAGAGACCAUAACAACCACAACCACCACUUUCCGCAUAGAGGAGGACAAAGACCUGGACACUGAGGUCAAGGUUGUUGAUGAGAAACAUGUGACAACCCUGGAAAUCUCCCCCAGGUUCAGCAAGCCCCUCCUGCCCUCAAUGCAAGUUGAUGAAGGAGGAACAGUAAGGUGAGAGCACCAUUAUGUCUGCAUUGAUGAGAUUUGGCAUGAGUGAUGUUAUGCUAUUGUUGGGUACCGUCUUACCCCAGUGCGAGUGAAAAGAUUAAAUUCAUUCAUUCAAUAUGCUUUCUGCUGCUUGAGCCUGAUAAAUGGGACUUCUAUCUAAUAGCUGUUUCUUUGGUAGCUGUCUGCAGAAAUGUGUUUCGAAUCUGCAGAUCUUUUUCUAUUGCUCUGUGCAAGAUUUCUUAGGUCUUCAAGAAUAUUGUUUUCACUUGGAUGUGAAAUGUUUCAGCCCUAAAAUGACAUGGCUAGGUGUUAGCCUUCCAAGGCCCGUUUGUGUUAUUUUGUUCUGAGAAUACGUUGGCUCUUUUUAGCUGCUCAUAUUAUUGACCUCACGAUGUCAGCUCCAUCAGCAGGACAUCUAAGUAAAGCCUGUAGCCAACAAGUAAUAGGAUUUCAAUAAAACUCUUUUUAGCAAUUUUUGAAAGUUCCUUCCUAAAUUUUAAUUAUACUUCGAUCAUAUUAUUAAAGUCUACAAAAAACAUCUAGAGGUAUCUCAUAAAAACUCAAGGACAUUAAAUAAGGAAACAGAAUCCAUUGUCUUUUUUUUUUUCCUUUACUAAUUUUACAUUGUUUCUCUAGACUUGAGGUUGAAGUUGAUGCACUCCCAGAGGCUACCAUCAGAUGGUACAAAAAUGAAGUCCAAAUCACACCCACCCAGCGUGUGGAGGUCACCAGGGAAAAGAAAACUCAUAUUCUCAUCAUAAUGGAUGUCCGUCCGGAGGACUCUGGAGAUUACAUCUGCGAGGCUGAGAAUGUUCUGGGCAGAACUGUUUGUAAAACAACCCUCACUGUCAAUCGUAAGUAGUCACACACACUUUUUUACCCCACACUUGUAUAUUUUUAUAGGCUAAAAUUAAAGACAAAUUUUCAUUUAAAUGAAAUGAUUCAUGAUGUUGAUUUUAAAAUUGAAAAAAAUUUCAUAACGAAGGAAAAAAAAUUCUACAAUUGAAAUAUCAUUUUAACACCAUUUGUUUGCACCACCUUUUGUUGACACGACAGUUGGUUAACACCACCAUUUUGUUUACACCACCAUUAGUUUAAUCCAGCAUUUGUUUAUGCCAACAUUUGCUUACACCAACAAUGUUUACACCACCAUUUGUUUACACCUCUAUUUGUUUACACAACCUACACAGCAAUCCAACGUAUGGAGAUUGAGAUAGAACCCGAUCAAAUGCCCAAAGAACAAGAAACCAAGCCAAAAGAGGAGUAUCUGUCUGAAACUCCCAGACCAGAAGAGAAGACCCCAUCUCAAACACCACAAGAGACAACUGCACCCGAGGAAACAGUAGAGGGACAAGCUCCCGUGUUCACAGAGAUUCUCAAGCCGCUGACUGUGAAGGACACAGAGAAAGUGGUUUUACGAGUCAGGUUCACAGGUGUGCCGACACCAACAAUCACCUGGUACUUUGACGGCAGCCCAAUCAAGCCCAGCACAGACUUUCAGAUAACAAUAGAUCUCCAGCGAGGGGAGAGCACUCUGAUUAUAGUAGAGGUAUUCCCCGAAGAUGAGGGUGAAUACACCUGUGUGGCUGUCAAUGACUUUGGAGAGUCCAUCACUACCUGCCGUCUAACAGUCAUCAGUGAGUAUGAUGUUUCAUUGAACUAAAUCAACUGGAUUUUAAAUGUUUGAAAUCUUUUUUGGAUUACACUAAAUGAGAAGUUGGUAGGGGAGAUAAAAAUGAACUGUAGCUAAUUUUAUACUUUGAUAUAGAACCAUAUAGAAGAGCUGGGAUCAAAAUUUAAAUAAAGAAACUUAUGAAAAUAGUUUGGUUUUAAAAUUGUUCUUCUUUACUCUAUCAGCUGUGUUCAAUUAUCUUUCACACUCUGAAGGAAAAAGUAUCUAGAUAUUAUCUUGUUAAGUAAGAACUGUAAGACGUUAAUUUGAAUCAUUUAUUGAAUAACAAAUCAAUGAGUCAUACACCUUACCAAGCUAUUGUUCCUGUAAACAGGUGAAGAAACUAUUGUGACAGAUGAAAUCCACAAGGAGAUGAUUGUCAUAGAUCACACCAGUGAUGAAGUUAUGGAAGGACCAGAGGAAACCAAAGUCAGAGAAGUUAUUGAAUACCAGGCACCGGCCCAACUCAAGCCUCAAACCCAGAGCUUUGAGAUCCACAUUGGGGUUCCUGUCCAGCCGGUGACAACCUCCACCACUGUCAUCUCAGAGACUUCAACCUACACCCAAGUGACCAAAGAGUUUAUUGAAGAAGUUCCCACUGUCAAAGAAGGUGCCUCCAGCCUCCAGACCACUACUAUCAGUAUGAGGAAAGAUGAGGAACUUGUCCCAGUAGAGCUGAGGAUUCAGGUCCCUGUCCAACCUUCAGGAGAGUUUCUGGACCACUACACUGAGGCAACACGCACAGUCACUCAGGAGAUCAAGUCCAUCCCCAUUUUUGAUACAUCUCUGCCCCAAGAGACCCACACUGAGACCAUUCAGAUAACUCAGCAGCAGCCAGAGCAUAUUGAAAUCCCAACAGUUUCUAGCACCACCACCACACAAAUAACAACACAAAUGGAAGCCACAAGGGCUUCAGCUCAAAGGAUUGAGGUUGAAAUACAUGAAACCACACUUCAAAGGGAACCACAACAGCAGGAAUUUCAGAUUUCCAUCGGAAAGGUCAGCCGGGCAGACAUAGAGAUCCCUGAAGUGAAAGGGACCCAAGCACCAAGGCCCACCGAAGAAAAAAUCAUAGAAAUUAGAAAGACCAUCACCAGAGAAACUAGAGUGAUUGAGAUUAAAAGGCCACAAGAAACACAGAAAGAAGAAAUCAAAAUGACAUUUGCUGUUUCAGGGCCCCAGCCAGAAGAAAUAAUACCCAUUCAAGACAUAGAGCUGAAAAAAUCAACCGAGGAGGUCAUUGAAACUCAACAAGCCGCUGUGGAUCUGACCAUUAUUUCAACCGAGGUGGAGAUUUCUAAGGAAAAGCCAGAAACAGAUGAGGCAGAGGUUGACAUGGAUGAGACUGAAGUCAAGGCUCCAUUUGAAGAAGUCAUUGAGACGGAAAGGGAAUCCAUCGAGAUGACAAUCACAACCACAGAAGUUGAAGAAAUCUCUGAGGACAAGAUGGAAGUCACGGAGGAAGAGAUUAAAGUGGAUCAGCCUGAGGUCCCUGUUGAAGAGGUUGUAGAGACUGUGACCGAGUCCACAGAGAUCAGCAUUGUACCCACAGGAGUAGAAACUGUUGCCAUUCAAGAGAAGCCAGAGAGUGCUGAGACAUUUGAAACAACCAUUGUAGUUGAUCAGACAACAAGCGUGACCUCUGAAGUGGACACAGCGGAGAUUGAGAUGGUGAUUCAGAUCCCAUCAGAAGUUGAAGUGGCCACUGAAGACAAACCUCAAGAGGUGGACAGACCCAUCGAUGAGACUGUCACGGAAACUACAGAGACGCUAGUUGUGUCUACAACAGAUUUGGAAACCGAGAAUGUUCCUGGGGAGCUCUCACAAGUUGAAUUUAUCAUCGAGGGAAAACAAGAAGAGCUUGUGGAGAGUAGACCUUCCGAGGUCGACACAGUUGUAGUAGGAGAAGAGACAACUUUGGUCCUGGAAACUCAGCAACCUUUGGUAGAGGAAGUAUCACAGGUCAAACCACUGGAAGAGGACAUCAUACAAGAAUCAACUUUGACCAUUGAUUUUGCCAAGCCUGAAGUCACCCAGACCUCUGAUGUCAGCUCAGAAGAAGUCACUUUUGAGGUCCAGAUGACAGAGGAAGCAGGCAUCAAGCCAACUGUCAUCGACACCGAAACUCAACAAAUAGAAACUACAGAAACUGAAGAGGUUUUGGAGCUUCACAAGGAAGAAAUAGAGUUUCAGAUCAAAGGAAAACCAAAACAAGCUGAGGAGGUUCAGUUUUCUAUUCAGCUUCAGCCAGAGCUGCCUGCUGAGAGAAUUGAGGUGGAAAUUCCUCAAGAAGUCCAGGAAUCAGAGAAAUUUGUUUCAGAUAUUGAAAUGACCAAAGAGGAAAGUGUAGUUGUGCCUGAAACCCACAGGGAAGAGCUCAGUUUUCAGAUCCAGGGCAAACCACAAGAGUUAGAAGAAAUGGCCAUCACUCUCCAGGUCAGAGAAGAUAAACCAGAAGAGAAUAUUCAGACCUUGUUAACAGAACAGGUAAAUUUUGAAGCUGUUUCAAAAUGAAUGCACAUAAAAAUCCUUGUUAUUUUUAGACACUUUAGAAUUUUGCUUUUACAAUUCUUUAAGCUUUUGUAUCUAACAGAAUUAGAUGAAGUUUUUAUAAUAAUUUCUGAGAUGGCACAUCCUGACCAAAAGCUGCUAUUUAACUGAGUGAUGUGGAGUUUGAUCAAAUACAAAAUGAUCUGAGACUCAAUGCUUUUAAAUUUCAGGCUUUACUUUUUGUAAGUGAUCUGCAAGGCAGAGCUCCAGAGUUUACCUGGGGCCUUAUGUCUCUUAAGGUUAUGGAUGGAGAGGAGGUGAAAUUUAGAUGUGAGGUAAGAAAAAAUUGUGGACAUCAUCAUUAAAUUAUUUAUCAGAGUUUCAUCUUUAUCUCUCUGUCCAUUAUGAUAAAUAGUCCAUUCUUAUAACUUUGUCGGUCAAUUAUGAUAAAUAGUCCUUACUAAUAACUCUGUUGGUCCAUUAUGAUAAAUAGUCCAUACUGAUAUCUCUGUUGGUCCAUUAUGAUAAAUAGUCCGUACUGAUAACUCUGUUGGUCCAUUAUGAUAAAUAGUCAAUACUGAUAACUCUGUUGGUCCAUUAUGAUACAUAGUCCAUACUGAUAACUAUGUUGGUCCAUUAUGAUACAUAGUCCAUACUGAUAACUCUGUUGGUCCAUUAUGAUACAUAGUCCAUACUGAUAACUCUGUUGGUCCAUUAUGAUAAAUAGUCCAUACUGAUAACUCUGUUGGUCCAUUAUGAUACAUAGUCCAUACUGAUAACUAUGUUGGUCCAUUAUGAUACAUAGUCCAUACUGAUAACUAUGUUGGUCCAUUAUGAUACAUAGUCCAUACUGAUAACUCUGUUGGUCCAUUAUGAUACAUAGUCCAUACUGAUAACUCUGUUGGUCCAUAAUGAUAAAAGUCCAUACUGAUAACUCUGUUGGUCCAUUUAGGAAAACAUCAUUAACGUUGAUUUAUGCCUGAUAAAAACAUUACUCAGUUUACAGCAACUGUUUGUCAUGAGUAUGGUGAACUUAAUGUCUGUCAUAGUCUAAUGAAAUACAAUAAAGUGUAUUAGAGUUAAAGCCAGGAAAUUCACAUCUUUUCAUUUGUCUGUUCUUGAGUCUUACAUCAAUGUAUUAAAAAGAGUGUAUUAAAAAGAGCAUUCAGUGUGAAAAAAGUGCACAUGACCUCAACUUAUUAACUUUGAUGCAGGUCAUUGGUGAACCCAUGCCAGAGAUAUCCUGGUACCAUGAUGACAAAAUCAUUACAGAAAACCAAGAUUUCAAUUUAACCUACGAUGUGGAGAGCGGGGCUUGUACGCUCCUCAUCGCUGAGGUUUUCCCCCAGGAUGCAGGAGAGUACAAGUGUGUAGCCAUAAACCCCUUCGGUGAAGCUGUCACAAGAGCAUAUCUAGAAGUGGAAUGUAAGUUGGCAGUAUUUCUUUUGCAUAAAAGGCGUACCGGUGGCUUAUGUAUUUCCUUUCCUUUAAAAGUUUAAGAAAAAUAUAUAGCGUAAGUAAAAAAUAAAUGAAUAAAAAAUGAAUUUGUUAUUUGAAAAAGUAAAUGUGUUUUUGCUAAAUUUUAAGAACAUUAAACAAACCGUUAUAAAGCUUUUAAUGGAUUGCAAUACAUAAACAUUAGUCUCUUGUUUAAGGCUCAUAUUUUAGAAAUAGAGACGGUCGAACACCUGCCAACUACCCAUAAAUGAAUUUAUUUAAUGAGGGUUGGGUGAGAAUAUGAGUUAAUAGUGAGACAUAAUCGUCUCCCACUUUUAUUUUUCAGCUUAUGAAUACAUGGCAGAUACUGAGGAGGCAUCUGAUUCCAUGAUGUCCUCUCUCGAACCUUCUUCCCCUAAGCCAACACCAGCUGACUCUGACACUGAGGUUGUCUCUCAUUCAAAGGAAUUUGUGGAAGAGGUUCAAAAAUUACAGGAGAAGUUUAAUGAGCUGACUGAAGGGGAAUAUGAAGCCCCAAGAGAGGAAUACUUUGAGACUCACCAAGCCCCUGAUACUGAAGUUGAACAGCCUGCCGAGUUGGAGCAGGUCAAUGAAAUUGUUGAAGAAGUGUCAGAUACUCUUGUUGAGGUCCAUGAAUCAGUUCCCACAACUGAAGAAGCUCUGGUUGAAGACACACAUUAUCAGGCUGAAGCACUUGUUGCUCAGCAGGAGGCUGAAAGUGCUGUGGAAACAGACACGACAAUGUCACUUGAUAAUGUAACUGAGCAACAUGAGAUCCCAGAACUUUCAGUAACAAAUCAAGAAGAAAAAACAAAGUAUGAGGUUAAUGUUGUUGAAGAAAUAAUCUCUCAGCCUGAAGUUACUGAUGUUACAGAGGCAACAUCUGAAGAUGUCCAACCUUCUGAAAUAACAGUACAGUUUGAGAAACCCUCUGAAGAACAACCAGACACAUACAAAACUGAAUUUGUUCAGGAAAUCAUUUCUCAA